UUAGCAAUGCAAUUAUAAAAAGACAUUACGUGUUUAGUUGGUGUUUCAUGCAAAGUUGAGUAGUUUACAGUCAGCUUUUUUUUGUUUUGUUUUUAAACUAAAUAAUAUUAAGUUGAAGUAACACAAAACAUUCUGAAGCUGAGAAUCCACGGUUUUACAGAGGGAACAGAGGUAUAAAAUGGAGGCCUUAAACCAAGCAACCAAUGCUUAUAUAGAUUCUUGGAUGGGUCCAAGAGAUACCAGGGUUAGAGGGUGGUUUCUUCUUGACAACUUUCCCCCUACCGUUGUCCUUACACUUCUGUACCUCUCCGUUGUCUGGAUAGGACCAAAAUACAUGAAAAAUAAGGAGCCGUUUUCUUGCAGGGGUGUGCUUGUGAUCUAUAACAUCGGAUUAACCCUGCUGUCCUUUUACAUGUUCUAUGAGUUAGUUACAGGAGCAUGGCAGGGAGGGUACAACUUCUUCUGCCAGGACACUCACAGUGGCGGGGAAGCAGACAUGAAGAUUGUGCGUGUCCUCUGGUGGUAUUACUUCUCAAAGUUCAUUGAGUUCAUGGAUACCUUUUUCUUCAUUUUAAGAAAGAAUAAUCACCAGAUUACAUUUUUGCACGUCUAUCAUCAUGCAACCAUGCCUAACAUCUGGUGGUUUGUCAUGAACUGGGUGCCAUGUGGACACUCGUAUUUCGGGGCCAGUUUGAAUAGCUUUAUUCAUGUCUUGAUGUAUUCUUACUAUGGACUCUCAGCCAUUCCUGCAGUGCGACCUUACCUGUGGUGGAAGAAAUACAUAACCCAAGGGCAGCUGAUCCAGUUUGUAUUAACAAUGUUCCAGACUCUCUGUGCUGUCUUUAGACCAUGUGGAUUCCCAAUGGGUUGGCUGUAUUUCCAGAUCUGUUACCUGAUAAUUCUGAUUGUUCUCUUCUCUAAUUUCUAUAUUCAGACAUACAAGAAACGUGGUGUUUCACGAAGAAAAGAGUAUCAGAAUGGAUCAGCAGCUUCUCUAAAUGGGCACUCUAACGGUGUUUCUUCCCUGGAUAAUAUGACACAAAGGAAACUAAGAAAGGAUUGACUCAUGUCCAGAUGAGCACACCAUGACUAAUCUCACAAUCUGAAAUGUUAGCACAUUAAGAAAUCCCUUACGGAGAAAAUCAUUUUGGGUUUAUAUAAGAAAAGUAGAUUCUAAAUGAUCCCUAAAUAUACAUAAUAUAUUAUCAAACAAACAAAAUAAUAUUAACCCCUAAAGAACCCCCUAAAGCACACAUGGCCCUGCGCUGUUAUUCAUAUUGAAUUAAUGCUAAUUAAGGUUAAUGGAACCAGAGAAAAGAUAAAAUAAAGGUAUCUAUUUAUUUUUAUAUCAGGAUAAACUAGACUAGUUCAUUUGCCUCAGCACACCCCCCAACUCCUUUUUAUUUACCAUGUUUUUGGUGUGUUGAUGUAUUUUUUCCUAGUAAGCAUGGACAUUGUAUAAUCUCUUACCUCAUUCAUCGUGUUCGGUCUUACAGUACAUUUCCACAUGUAAGUGAGGGAAACCUAACAACAAAUGCGCAUUUUGAACAUAGAAUAACUUUAAAACUGGUAGUGGUUGUCAAACUAUUGCCCCCUCACACAAACAUGUGUGUCUCUGCCCUAGCCAAACGAACUCCAGUGGCAAUGUGAUGUUUCUGUAGCACAGGGUCAGCCACAGUUGUAUGAAUGUUGAGUGGUGUGCCAUGGUAAUAAUUUAGCAUUUUGACAUCCACACUGCUUCUCAAUUGCAGAACCAUGGCUACUGCAAUCUGCAAUAUUAGUUUAAAAUCAAUUGCCAUUAGUUGCCAUUGAGGUUUUGAUCUAAAUCCUUGGUUGUAUAAUGGAUACUUUUUCAAACUUUUAUUUCAGAGUAGUGAAUUACUUGGUCUAGUUUUUACCUAUAUAUAAAUGUUCCUCCCCAAAAAAGGUCCAACCCCAAUUUCGAACAAAUAUUAUUAAAAACCUGUUAUGUGAAAAUAAAAUUACUGUGCGUUAUUCCACAUAUGAGUAGGAUGAUCUGAAUAAUAGUACAUUGGUCUUAUUUCCUGGCACAUGUUCAUAUUUCUUAGAGGAUAUUUCUCAAAUGAGUUAUUAAAGUUAUAAAAAGCAUUUCAAACUUAAUGUGGUGAAGGGUAAUUUUAUAAAUUUUAAAUCUGUAGUAUCAAAAAGCAAAUGCUUGUAAGUUAGUGGUUUUAGAAAUGUGAUAAAUGUUUUUUGUAGAUUGCUAAACAAGUUCAUUAAAAAUAUAGACAUUUGUUUUCUGAGUCUACAGAGAAUAAAAAUGUAUGAAAGAACACACAAACUUUUAUGACUAUGAGAAAAAAAGUUGAACGUUCAUGUAAAAGGAUUAAUAUUUAUACUUAGAUUAUUAUUUGAAAAAAGUGUUGGCAAUAAGGCAAAUACAAAAAUGGUGCAGGGUAAUGUAAAUAUAAUUCUAUGUUUAUAUCCUAGUUACAGUGUCAGUAAAGGCAAGCGUGUAUAUGAUAAUAUAUAUAAUUUAUAUAAAAAAUGUAAUUCCAGUUGGUCCCUUUUAUUUGAGCAAUUUUGUAAUUAAUUGUUGCAUUUUUGGAUUUGCCUUCUGGUUUUGCCAUAUGUUCAGUGAUUGAAGGAACAUAAGAUGAAAUAGUUUGCUUAUACAGAAAUACCAAAGCCAUAUGUCUAGUGUCAGCCAUAAGCAAAAUGCAGUAAUUUUAUCCACUCUCCAAUUCCAAACCAGACAAAACCUUUAGAUUUACACCAUUUGAAUUAAGCCUCCAACCAAAAAAAGCAAGCCAUCUUUAUUCAAGAAAAAUUGUGCAACAAAAACAAUUCACUAAUUAUUUUGAAGCAUAAUAGACUAGGCCCUAAUAGAUUUACAUAUGGUUUGUGAAAUUCAAAAAGUUACAUUGUCAGUACAAAUUGCAAAUCCCUUUUUUCUUUAUUAUCUUGCAGGAGUGUUUUCUUAAGGGUAGAGCCAAUACUUUGAGUUAUAAAAAACAGAAUCACUAGACUAAAAUAACUGAUCCAAAUCACUUAAUUAAAAACAUUAAUCCUGAUAGACAGUCUAAACUUUUCAUUGCAAAUAUAAUGCCUUACUUGCAGCUUAGAUUUAGGUGCUGAUUCCUGUGUGGCCCACAUGUUUUUGUAAAGCACUGUAAUUGCACUAAUAUUGCAUGUGAUUGUAACACUCAAUUGUAUGUGAAUUACUUCAGUGUAUAGUACACAUAUGCCUUAAUACAAAACUGCAGUAGCCAAAGCAGUAUGUGGAAUAUUAAUGUAUGAACAUGUGCUUUCCGAGCCUGUGUAGAAGUCUAAAAGCCAUUGUUAAACAGUUUUGAUAGACUAUUUGUUCAAUUGUUUAUGUCAUGAAACCAUAAAAUAUCAGCUCUGUGCAAUCUAGCAUUUGCCAUAGAGUUGUGAUCCGCAAUGUUGCAUUUCAGUGGAUAAGCUUAUUAACAGUCUUAACAAGCAAGCACUGGGAUCAUUUUAAACAGAUAUAUUCGUAUGUUCGGUCAUGGUGUUGUGCACUGCAUUCAUAUCAUGUCAUGAAAGAGCACUUGAAUAAACUAUAUGUUAUUUGUAGAAAUGAAACAGUUUUUUUUUUUUUUUUUAAAGAAUAAAUAUUAUAUUUGAAUUGUUUCAAUGCAUAACUAUUACAGUAUGUAUGGCUAAAUGAUAUAUUAAGCCAUUUCCAUUCAGUCGUUACUAUGGUCACAGUAAAACCGUUCUAAAUAAAGAAAUGUGUAGCAUCUCUGUUAGAAAUUUAUUUGACACUUCAUAUAAAUAUGCACCAAUUACAGGUAUUGUAAAAGAAUAGGGGAUAUUCAGUUGAUUUACUUUUCACUUCAGUGUUCAUGUUGCUCAGUAAACCUAAACAAUACAGUACAAAAGAGCAGUGUAUACCAAGUAGACAAUGAACAAUGUUCUAUUCAGAUUGAUAUAAAACACAGUUUGUCUUAAUCUCACACCUUUGAAUCUAUCCAGCUUGGACAUAAUGAUCAAUCAGUUUAACAAGGAGAGAACACACACACACACACAUAUAUAUAAUAGUACUGUCCAAACAUUCUAAGUUUCCUAUAGUGUACUACUGAACAUACUUUAGGGAACAUAGGGCCCUAUUCACAGAAGUUUAAGGACUUCUUUAGAAAUGUUUUUGUUAAAAGUUUAUUUUUGGUUUUUUUAAAGACCAUUUUGGUUAAUGAAAUCAAGCUUGCAGUUUAUGAAACCUUUUCCAGUGGUUUUAAAGAGGGUUUAUUAGUUUCUUAUCAUUUGUUUAAGAAUGUGAGUCUUUAAAUAGAGCCCAUAGUUUAUGUAUUCCAGUAUAAAGGGGAUCAGGUCAGGAGGAGGUGGAUGUAGAGAACAAGGGAUACCACAGUUAAAUACAGACAUGCUCCAAAUCCUCUUGGAUAUAAAGACACCACUGGAAAAUGCACACUGUCAUCCAUAGCUUCAGUUUUGUUCGUACAUGCAAAUUGUUUUAGUUUUUUAAAUUUCAUGUGAUGAUAGCCCAUAUUAGGUUCCUCCCUACUGAUUUAAUCACAAUGUGUUGAUUUCUGCACCAUAGCAACUAACUGAAAUCUAAAAAAGGAUGGAAAACUAAUAUCUAAGGUAUACAAGUUUCUAUUAAAACAUAGACUUUGUUUCA